UGUUACAUCCUUUUUUCCUUCACUCUAGGGUUUCCUUUCUCUCUUUCAUUCUGGUGUUUCCAUAAGACUUUCAUAUCCAUUCACGAGGUAUUUCACUCUUUCCUCUUACAUCUUAAUAUCCUCAUACCUCAAACUCUUCAAAAACAAAGGUAUGCAAUUGAAUUAACAAAAGUGGGAAAUUUGAAGUUUAUACCCCCAAUUACGAAAACGGAAAGCUCAAGUGCAUUUGUCAAUUAUCCAGUGCAUUCCUCACAAGAGGCAUAUUGGUAUCCUACUUUCUGGAUUCCAAUUUUUUUCAUAAGCACUCAUAAAUUAGGAUUUAGAUGCUUAUAUGCAAUUCAAAGACAUCAUCUCCUCUGUUGGGCUCUUCUGCAUAUUCCCCAAUAACAAUUUCCCAAAAAAAAUUGUUUAUCUAAUACCUAAAUGCUAAAUCAGAGGUGUUAUAGAUUUUUAAUUAUGACUUUUACUUUUAGAUGUUCUCUUCUAUAGUUUUGAAGAUUUGAAAUGCUCAGUGUGCAUAAACUGCAUAUAAUAAAUUUAUUUCCUUUUUCUUGGUUUGGAUUCAUAGGUAGAAGUGUGCUUAAGAUAUAUGGAAUAUCAUGCACUAACAAAAACUAAAUCCAAAUUUGAUUUUGAAACUUUAAGAGCUGAUUUUUGAAGUGAAUCAGACUUGGAAUAUGAUUUUCAACCCCAAAGAGAAAUUUUAGAACAUGGUUUGAGAAAGAAACUGAAAUUGUACUUGAUUUCCAAGAGACAAGUGAACUAUUAGAAGCUUAUUUUGAAACAAAAAAUUAUUGUGAAGUUUAUUUUUAUGGAAAAACAGAAACUUUCGGAGCUUUUGUCGAAACUUUUAAAGACUGAGAUUCAUGAGAAAUUUGGUAUUUUAGGGUCUGAUUUUCAAAGAGAGGUCUGGUUUUAGAGUUAAUUUCCAACACAAAACUGAAGCUCUAGGGGGUGAUUUUUAAAAGAAACCCGAAUUGGCACUAUUUGAUGGUAAUCCUGGAUUGACUCUGUUAUUUUGGAACCUAACUUUUAACUUAUAACAUUUUUCGAUUCCUUCGAGUUUCUCUCAACAUCCAAUUAUGUGUUUCCAACCCAAGAGAACAUAGCUUAAAUAUGCACCAUAUAUUUGUACACAUAUUCCUUAAUGUGUGAAGUGUGAACUGUAAUUAACCAAAUACUUUAACCUGAUAGAGUUAUUCCCCAGGAAAGCACAUACACUUUUUACAUGACCUAUGUAGUAAGUAUCUAAAAAAAACUCAUAAAAAUUGAAAUUCACAAAAAAAUGAAAAGGGAAUAGCAUAUUUUUUUCUUAAAAAGAGAUAGAGAAGAUGAGGAAAGGAAGAACCUGCAAUGUUCCUUAGCUGGGUAGAUCCCACCUGGAUGAAUGGGUCUGAAUUUGUGCCUCCAAUCUUCUCUGGGCUUCAAUGGCUUUGGGCUGGAGUUAAUGACUGAUAGAUAAUAAUUUCCCACUAAAUUUGUUUAUGUAAUACAUAAACCAGCGGUGUCAUACAUUUUGAAUUUUGACUUUUAUUUUAAUUCCCUUAUACUAUUCUCAACUCAAGCACCAAUUUAUACAUCUAUUUUGACUUCUCUAACACUAUUUGCAUACCUUAUUCAAAAUAAGUUUCCAAUGAGCUCUGAAAAUGUAGUUUUAGUCCUAUGGGAUUCAUAGGUGGAGAGGUGUUCUCUCCUAUACUCUUGAUGAAUUGAAAUACUCAGUGUGCAUAUAAAUUCAUUUCCUUUUCCUUGGUUUGGAUUCAUAAGUAGAAGUGUGCUUAAGAUAUAUGGAAUAUCAUGCGCUAUUAUUCCAGUCUAAAUUUUUAAGUACACAGAUUUUAGUGAAAAUUGUAGUCUUUCUUACUCCAUAUGAUUACAUAGGAGUAUAUGAGCGACCCCAGGUCUCCGGCGAGCGAGUCAGACAGAUUCCUCCGCAGACAGCGUCUCCUCCACAGGCCUCAUCCCUCAGCGCCGCCCUCCAGUCUAGCAUCAGGCAGGCAGCGGCGCCGCAGCAUCCACCCCCUCCAGGGUUUGUGGCAUUGAAAUCAUUCCGCAAGGAGAAAGUAUUGGAGAAAAUCGGGCUAGGGAAGGAGGACCGCUACUUCUGGCAGCAAUUGAGCAAGGCAUUGCUGUGCACCUACACAAUUGCCGCCCUGGCAUGGGUUUAUAACGAGACAUCGCCGCUGGGGUGGUGGACCCUGAAACCUAAGCCCAAGGAAGAAAGGGAGCUGGCCCACCUCUAUGAGCGGCGAAGGUUUCCGUAUCCAGGGGAUGAUGAGGCCAUGGAAGAGUUCAUUGCGAAUGGGGGGAUGAUCGGUACAACCAUUGGGCCCAAGGGGCUGAUUGAGUCGGAUAACGAUUCUUAUAACUAUGAGAAAGCAUUGCAGGACCAGAAGAUGGAGAAGGAGGCUCUCAAGCUGUGGGUGAGGAUGAGGAAUGAAGUCAUCUCUGAACUCCAGGAUAAAGGGUUCGACGUCGAGUAAGAUGAUGAGGUCGCUUUGCUGUACUCGUUGCUGUUUCUACAGCGCACUUCUCACUCAGGCGGUGGUGCCGGUUAUAUGAAGAUGAUGAAGCAUGGAUUUUCUCACUACCUCUUCUACUUCCUCCAGGUUUUUGCUCAUUUCUUUUCUCUUUCUUUUUGCCGUUUUUUUCUUCUCCUGAAGGUGCCGUUUCUUUUCUCUGCACUUCUUAUUCAGCCGUUUUACCUCUCCACUGACGUUUUUCCUCAUUUCCAUGGAGGACGGAGAAUUGUUCUUUGUUGCAUGUGAAAUGUAAAUUUAGAUCUGUUUUGGUCUUUUU